GACAAAAUAGACAUAGCAUGUAGCAAAUGUUGGUCGCGCACAUGAGCAUCAAUUUCAUAAUGUCGCUUCUUAAGAAGAGAUGGAAAAAGCGGAAACCAAAUUUUCGCGCCAUUUUCCACCAAGAGGACUUUCUACGGGAGAGUGAUAGUUCCAUUGAGAAGGCGGUGUUUUGGACAUCGAAUUUCCUGUCUGUUCCAUCUUCGGGGAAGAGUUUACUCAACUUAAAAACGACACAAGAAAGAUGUGUGAAGGAACAACUGAACAAGAUGAAGAUUGUUAUAAAUGUUGGGGGAGAAAGAUUUGUUAUCGCUUAUAAAACAAUCCGUCUUUACCCUGACACCUUGCUUGCAACACAAGAAAUAGACAGACAUUUUGAUAAGAAAAGAAAUGAAUAUUUCUUUGAUCGUGACCCAGAAAUGUUCAGGUAGAAAGAUUUAAUUAUCUGUAAUCAUGCAAUAAGAAAAAAAUCAAAUAGCUUGUUCGGGAUUUAUUGGCACUAUUAACAUCUAAUUUACAGACAUAUUUCAUGUUUAUUUAAUUGGCCAUUUACUACUUCUUAUCAUAAUAAUAACACUCACUACAAACAUCCAGAUGACAAAUUCUUUUUUGUGAAUUCAAUAUGUCCGUGCAUGUGUUUUAUAAACUAUAACGAGAAACGUAGACAGGCUUAUUUAUAUUUCCAUUUUUGAUCAAUCAUAAUUUAAAAAAAAGUUGAUAGUCAUAUGAUCACCUGGUGUAGCAUUACUGUGGUUUUGGCUGCCGGUUAUCGCGUUUGAAUUUGGGCGUCGUUCCAUAGCACUUUAUCCCGAAAGAUUCCUGCUGUUAAACAAAAUAAGAUAAGAACUGUGACGGCAUCUACCGACAUAUCUAUAUUCUGUGGAGAUAUUUGAUAAAUUACGUUCAGAUUAUGGCUAUCCAAAUUUUACGACCCGUUGCGCCUGCGGUGCAGGCUACAGCUGCAGCUACACAGUCAUACUUAUCGUCCUCUGAAAUUUUACCGCUAUUACUGAAAUCGCACUUCUGAAAUUUUACCGCUAUUACUGAAAUCGUACUUCUGAAAUUUUACCGCUAUUACUGAAAUCGUACUUCUGAAAUUUUACCGCUAUUACUGAAAUCGUACUUCUGAAAUUUUACGUGAACUCCGUAAACAUGCAUAUAGGGUUUUAUAUUUUUUGAUAUGCUAUAUAAUUAUAAAAGCACCAUUAUUCAAUCAAAAUUAUUAACAUAUUUAACAAGUAUUCGCCGAAGGCGAGGUGAUUAUCGGGGAAUAUUCGCCGAGACGAAGUCGAGGUGAAUAUUCCCCGAUAAUCACCGAGAGUGUUCUUUGGGACUGAAUCAGUAUUUUAAUUUCGCUUAUUUCUUUAUCAGUAACUUCCACAAAACGGCUAGCCGCCAUUUUGAAAAUUUCGUUUUUGUUAUAUUCACCUAUAGGUGAAUAUAAUUAACAGCUUAAUACGUCAAAUUUGACCAAUCAACUUGUAUAGGAUUUGUUAUGUUCACUUGUGCAAAAAUACUAAAGCUGUAAGUUCAAUAAUGCACGUACUCUUCUUUAUGAAUUACACUGUUGGUACGCUGUAUAUACAGUGUUUGUACUGAAUGUAAUCCAUAGCAUCUAUUAAGAAUCUGUUCAUAUGGGACGAGAACCCGAUACUCGGUUUGGGCGAGAUUCAGCGUUUGCUAUUACUUUCUAUUAAAUUUCAUCAUGCGUUUGUACAUUAAAGCGUACGGGACUUUUGGACAUUUAAUUCAACUUUUUUGGAUUGUUUUCGGAUAUUUUAAGAUUUGAGCGGAUUUUUAAAAUUGGAUUUUGACAGAUAUAAUUAAUUUUCCAAAUUGUACCAGAUCUUUUCCAGAUUAUUAGGGGAAUUUUUUUCAGACUGUACUGGUUUUUUGGAGUGAAAUACCACUGACACAAAUCUAGGCACACAGUGUGCAAACACAGCUACAAUAUCCAAUCACAACAGUGCUCUUUUUAAUAGGUAUGUUUUCAAAUUUUACACACACGACAAAAUCCACUUCCCCAUGGACGAAUGCAUCCAAGCGCUGAUCGAUGAAUUCAAGUUCUUUCGAAUACCACUGGACAUCAUAAAAGACUGCUGUUAUUCAGAGUUUCAUCUGGAGUACGAGAACAACACGAAUGCAACGAAGUUGGCUAAACAAAAUCGACCUGCACGUCCAUCUACCACAUCCGCGACCAACUAUACUCCUCUUGAAAGAUCACCAAAUUAUGCCAGUUGGUUUCGAGAAUUGCUGUUUGGCUCUCCAACGAGAGAGUCAAAAGCUGUGACUCACGUGGUAUUACUUUGUGUUGUAUUCAAUAUACUGGGCAUGAUACUUGAAACUUUACCAUGCAGCACCAAAUCUGAAAAAUGCGGCAAGUUAUACGCAAAGUCAUUUUUUAUAUUCGAUACAGUUUGCGUUGUUAUAUUAACUUUGGAAUUUGCAGUAACACUGGCAAAAGCGCCGAAGAGAAAGGAAUACUUUUGUCGUGUACCAAAUGUCACGUAUUUUGUAUCGCUUGUACCAGCUUAUAUCACGUGGUUCUUGUAUAUUGUUCUCGGAUUUAGAAACAUUCCUGAACCUCUGGACGACAUGUUUAAAGCGCUGAGGGUGUUUCGUAUUGUCAAGAUUGCUAAUUCUUCUUCGCGUUUGUGCGAGACUGUUGCUCAAAUUGUGUCAGCCGCGCGAGGUCUGGGACUGAUCCUGCUGACGUGUAUUAUUGCUAUAAUAGUUCUGUCAGUAUUGUUAUAUCAUCUCGACGAUUCAUGCCUGCAUGUGCCUAUGGGAAUGUGGUAUUUUGUGGUCACCAUGACGUCACUGGGGUAAGUGAACAAAACCUGAAUAAUACAUAUGUGAGCCGGUUAGUAGGGCUAUGCUUCAAACCGUGGAAUUGGUAAGUAUCAAAGAACAGCUGGUAAAUUUUUAAGCGAAACACAAGUUAAAGUUCUGUGUUGAAUAAACAAACAAUACUGUGCUUUUGGAAAACUGUGACAUCAAUAUAAUUUAAAUGAACGUUCCACGAACUAAACGUACUAUUUUCCACAACCAAUGCAUGUUUACUUUAAUAUUUAAUGGCUGCAUGAUAACAAUUAUUGACAAUGUCAGACGACUUUGCCUUAAAUGCAGAAUAUUACAUGCAGUUUAAGGCUACUUUUUACAAGUUGCUGCAGGUUGCAUUAAAUCUAUUGCACAUAGAAACGUGAAAGUUUGGACCGCGUGUAACAGCGUAUACGAUUUAUCCUAUAUCAAUUUAAUUAAAAAUUUAUCUAGAUAUGGAGACUACGUCCCAGUCGCAUCCUCAGGAAAACUUCUUGGUGCUAUUGGGGUGCUUCUCGGAAUACUUGUUGUUUCUUUGCCUGUUCCAAUUAUACAAAACAAG